AUGUAUAAGUUGUUUCAGGAGGUGAACGACGUCCUAGUCCACAAUCUAUCCUCCAAAGAGCUGACUCCUGAACACUUAAAAGUGCUGAGUCACGAGGCCUGCUUCAAUACCACAGACGCCCAUCCGGUCAACCUCGUGGCAACAGUGGAAUUAAUUCUAGAACAGACCGAAGAAUUCGACGAAACAAAACAUCUCGUUCGACAAAAGGUAACGGCCUUAGUGAUGGCACACAAACCACGCGCAACUAUCACCAGAGCCGAACAGGAUGCUCUCAAGAAACUGAAGGCCGACACGAACAGUGUGGUACUGCCAGGAGACAAAGGGCGUUCCACAGUUGUCUUGGACAAGACCGACUACAUUCAGAAAGCUAACAACCUGCUGGAUGAUCGACAGGUCUACCUUCGAUGUGAUGAUGAGCCAAUGAGGAAGCUGUUGACGCCGUUGGACAAAACGCUCGCUGAGAUGCAAACAAACGAAGUAAUAAGCAAGUCGGUACGACUGGCCGUUAAACCAACAGGCGCAACCGCACCAAAGUUCUACGGACUACCCAAAGUGCACAAGGUCGAUGUCCCCCUCUGA